AAUAUUAAUUAGGGGGAGGGAUGAGUUGGUUGAUACUGAUCCAGCUCUUAUCACAUUGUUACUCUCUGUUGCGAUUGUGAUUAUCAGCCUUUACCAAUUUCGAUACUCAUACUCGCAAAGCACCCUGCUUCUAAGCUUCUCGAUUUGACUCGGAUUUUUCUUGUAUUCUUAACAAAAAAACGGGCUACAAAAUGGCGGAAAGCGAAAUUGCUGCUGAAACAGAUCCUGCACUGAAAGGAAAAACAGAAGUUGCCAAAACGCCUAAACAGCCCCAAGCUAAAGACAGAGCUACAAGCGUGAUGUACACGACUAUGGGACUCAGUAUGAUUAUUGAAUCUGCCCUGUUUCAGCGCAUGAUGAUCAUGACUGAGAUUAUUGCUGUGGAAGUAGCAGCCUACUUUUUUUUCGUUUUGAUAUGCAUCUCUGCCUUCUUGUUACUGCUAAUCAUUAUACUCAAGGCGUACCUUCGUUGUAUUGGAUGUUAUCAGUGGUGUUGUCGCCAGUUUCGUCGUAUACCAGACGAUGCACAGGCGGGUGAGAUCGCGGAAACACCUUGUUGCAAAAAUUGGUGGGAGAGGGAAUUCUGUAGGGGAUUUUUCACGGUUGAGACCUUUUUUGGUUUCUGUCUUAUCAUCUCUCACUUUAUAUUCAUGGUCCUUGCAUCCGUGGUAGUGUUCCCUCACGAAUUGGACCAGAAUAAUGGUACAGUAACCAUGGCAACAAGCACCAUCGGGGAUUAUCUUGUAAAUAAAAUUUCGGGAUAAAAGCCAAGUUCGAGUUCUGGUGUAGAAAUCUAAUUUCGACAGGAAAUGGUUGGUAGUAUAGGCCUUAACAUUAAAGGGAAACCCCACACUCACUCAUUUCAGCAGAUUUGUAGUAAUUAACUUAUAUUGGAUGAGCCUGCGUCUAUGAAUGUUUUUAAUAGAGAUAUGGCGCAAUGUAACUGCUGUGGAUCAUCAUCAUCAUCACUCUGCCAAAAAUUUUAUCGUAAAAAAAAGCGUCAUAAAUAAAAAACGUGACAUUCUAAUUACUUUCUUAAUGUUUAAUCGAUUUCCUCAAACAUUCACUAUUUUUUCCUGUUAUUAUUACUAGAAACAUUUCGUCAGGGUGAAUUUCCCCAUUAAGUGUUUAUUAUACGCCAGGAUGCUUAUUUAUAACAACAAAGUGGCAUGUUUGAAAUUAUUUUCAUUACCACGUGCUUUUCUUGGUGUAGCUAUAACGCAGGAAACAACAUGGAAGAAAACUAUAAACGGACAGACAUUUUUCAGUAGUUUUUCUGAUCUUCAUUUGCUCAUAUUAGCCAUUAAUUACUCUGUAAUUAUAAAUUUUCCUGAAAAAUCGCUCGAGUUAUAAUUUAUAAAUAGUGUUUGUCUCAUAGCAGAGCGAGACUAUAACAAGCGCCAUUUUUCUAACGGUGGCGGCG